CGCGCGGAGCCGGCGGAAAUGGUGCUGAUGUCCCGCUGCGGGCCUGGGGGCCGCGAGCACCAUCGUCCUCCCGGGCCCGCCGAAAGCGGUGCUCAACCAAGUCCCUUCCCUACCGCUCGGGGACGCGGCCCGGGGCACCAGCCGGACUCCCGGCAUGGUGCUCAAGGCCUUCUUCCCCACAUGCUGUGCCACAGCAGAUAGUGGCCUACUUGUGGGACGGUGGGUCCCGGGGCAGAGUAGUGCUGUGAUCCUGGCUGUGGUGCACUUUCCCUUCAUUCCCAUCCAAGUCAAGGAGCUCCUGGCCCAGGUGCAGAAGGCCAGCCAAGUACAAGUGUCUGUAUUAGGCACCUGGUGCCACCGUCAGCAGGAGCCAGAGGAGAGCCUGGGGCAUUUCCUAGAGGGCCUGGGUGCCAUCUUCUCCCAUGAUCCCUGGUUGCAGCUAUGCCGGGAGAGGGGUACCAGGUCCUGGAGCUGUAAGGCCACUUACCAUCAGGUGUCCAACGCUCUGAACACACCUACUGAAGACCAGGUCAUGCUCAUCUUCUAUGAUCAGCGUAAGCUUCUCCUCUCCUGGCUGCAUCCACCUACAGAACUGCCUGACUGCCAGAUUGGAGACACCACAGCCAACACUGGAGGCCUAGCUGACAUCUUUGACACAGUGGCACGCAGCGAGGUGCUCUUCCGAAAUGACCAGUUUGAUGAGGGCCCCGUACGCCUGAGCCACUGGCAAUCGGAGGGAGUGGAGGCCAGCAUACUUGUGGAGUUGGCAAAACGGGCCUCGGGACCUGUCUGCCUGCUGAUGGCUUCUCUGCUGUCCCUGCUCUCAGCAGCUAGUGCUUGCCGGCUGUGGAAGCUGUGGCCCCUUUCCUUCAUCAGGAGCAAGCUCUCCACUUGUGAGCAGCUCCAGCACCGACUGAAGCACCUCUCACUCGUCUUCAGCACCGAAAAAGCCCAGAGUCCCAUGCAGCUGAUGAGGAAGGCCAACUUGCUGGUUUCCAUGCUACUGGAUGUGGCUCUUGGCCUGCUGCUGCUCUCAUGGCUCCACAGCAAUAACCGAAUUGGACAGCUGGCCAAUGCCUUGGUCCCUGUGGCUGAUCGUGUGGCUGAGGAGCUCCAGCAUCUGCUGCAGUGGCUGAUGGGUGCUCCUGCUGGGCUCAAGAUGAAUCGGGCACUGGAUCAGGUGCUAGGCCGCUUUUUCCUGUACCACAUCCAUCUAUGGAUCAGCUAUAUCCACCUUAUGUCUCCCUUUAUUGAGCACAUCCUGUGGCAUGUGGGCCUCUCAGCCUGCCUUGGACUGACUGUUGCCUUGUCCAUUCUUUCGGACAUCAUCGCCCUUCUUACCUUCCACAUCUACUGCUUCUAUGUCUACGGUGCCAGGCUGUACUGCCUGAAGAUCUAUGGCCUCUCCUCUCUCUGGCGUCUGUUCCGGGGGAAGAAGUGGAAUGUUCUGCGCCAGCGGGUGGAUUCUUGUUCCUAUGACCUUGACCAGCUGUUCAUUGGGACCUUGCUCUUCACCAUCCUGAUCUUCUUGCUGCCCACCACAGCUUUGUACUACCUGGUAUUCACCCUGCUCCGGCUCCUGGUGAUCACUGUGCAGGGCUUAAUCCAUCUACUUGUAGACAUCAUUAACUCCGUGCCUCUAUACUCCCUUGGCCUCCGACUCUGCCGACCCUACAGGCUGGCAGCUGGUGUGAAGUUCAAAGUUCUGGAACAGGAAGCAGGCAGGCCCCUCCGCCUCCUGAUGCAGAUCAACCCCCUGCCCUAUAGCCAUGUGGUGCACACCUACCGCCUGCCCAGCUGUGGCUGCCAUCCCAAGCACUCCUGGGGCACCCUGUGCCGAAAGCUGUUCUUCGGAGAGCUCAUCUACCCCUGGAGGCAAAGAGAGGACAAACAGGACUGAGGAGCUGGACACAGCCUAUCCAUAGCUACUACACAGCCAUCGCGCCUCCUCUCUGCCAGGAUAGUACUGACCCUGGG